AUGUUGGGUGAAGACUUUGUGUCAACUUUUGCGACACAACUCAAGACGUGGCGAUUUCAAUUGAAUACCUCCUACCGAACACAUACUUGCGCAUUGAUCCUACGACCGUCUCGAGUGUGCGACUGCAACGAUAGCGAAAUGGCAGCACCAACACUCACCAACCCCUCACUCACUGCAGCGGUAUGCAGUCUCGAGCACCGCGCUUGGGCCGCCCUCUGCAGCUCUGGCCACGACCUUCUACCCCUCCUGUCCAACAACCCCGUCAUGAUCUUCCCUGGCGACCACAUCCUCACAGCCGUCUCCUCACCGACCGUUCACGAAAUGCUGCAGAGCGCCGAGUUCCACCCAUGGAGCGACUACAAGCUCAGUCACGACGAGGUAAUCCCACUCGGCAAAGACAGCGCCAUGAUAUACUACCGCGUCGAAGCACAGCGUGCGGAUGAGACGUUCCGAGCAAUCUGCUCAACGUCCGUCGGUGACAUCAGUGAUCUCGACUUUCGUGACAUAGCCAGGAACGCACCGAAAACAGCUGCAAUAUUAGCAAAAUCAAUGAUACUUUCUGUGCCUACAAGGCAUACGCGACCCCUUCUCCUCGCAGUGCACAACAUACCUCAAACGAUGAACUACGCUGCCGCAGCCGGUGGCUCGAGAGGGCCACCACGACAGCCUCCACAACAGCGCAACGACCCUGCAACGCAAGCAAAACACACAUCCAACGGACAUGCUCAGAGGUCCAGAAGUCCGCGACGACGGAGUCCGGAGGGCCAUGGACAAGGGUAUCAAAGAGCCAAACAUGUGACUCGCGAAGAGCACAAGCCAAAUACAGGAGCGGAGGAGGAGCUUGUCUAUGUGCUCACUCUCAAGCUGACAGACUCGUUGGCUAAGCCGAUGAAUUCGAUGCGCGAGCAGUACUUUCCGAAGAGGCUCAACAGAACUCCCGCUCAUCUGACAUUGUUUCAUGCACUUCCAGACUCUCGAUUCGCCGCGAUUGACAGUGGACUAUCGCAGCUGUCUGCCAACACUAGACCUUUCUUCGUCUCGACUGGAAAGCCAUUCCGGAUGCGCCUUGGAGUGGGUAUCAAUGUUGGCAAAGGGUACAAUAGGAUGAAGCAGGUACACGAAGACCUGAGAUCGCAAUGGAUGCCUCACCUCAGCGAGCAGGAUCAGGGAGGAUGGAAGCCGCACUGGACGGUCAUGAAUAAGGUCAACGAGGAGAAGAAGGUCGAUGAUGCAUUCCAGGCGGUUGAGAAGGAGAUGCUCCAGAACGUCCGGGAAGGCCAGGCGAUUGGUCUCGACCUGUGGCGUUACGAUAAGGGUAACUGGAUAUUCGCCAAUGAGUACAGAUUCAAGGACGCUUGA